GCGAGUUGCACGAUGGGAAAGUUGGAGAGGUGACAAUUUGCUGGGCGGGUUACGUUGUUGGUCAACAUGAAUAUCCGAAAGUGUGGAUUUCCAGAUAUUAUUAUUUCCAGAAGAUUGAACCUGCCAUCAUCUAUGUUAUAAAUUGCUCGAUUAACCACGUCCACUCAAGUGCCUUUGACAUUCCAGCCCAGUCAGUCUGCUCAAAUUAAAGCUUGGAUGCUCUUUAAAAAGGGAUGCAAGCCAGUUAUGAACCGCUUUCGUCGACGCAUGUCUCUCUCAUUUCAAUCGCAAAAUAGUGACAAUGGUUUGUCUGAUCUAGCUGAAAGUCUUUCAAUACAAGAGAAUGGUGAUAUUAAUAAGAGGGAGCCCUCCCACUUGGGGCUCCUGGGCCGAGCCACACGUCGGUUGUCUUUCUCAACAUCCAGAAUAAUGGAUAUUCAUAGCAAUAAUUCCACAGUGCCUGACGCCUCCCGCACCCCUCGUCACAGCGUCUCUCUCCACUUCCGGGACCUGAUACGAUCCAAAAAGAAGAGAAGAAACUCGAGUGUGGUACAUGAAGAUCCCCGUAUUGGUUCCGAUGGAGAAAGUGAAGAAGCUUCUGGAGCAUCCGAUGAAGUUGUAUCUCCAGUUAAAUUGAGGUCAAGGCAUCGGAGAGUCAGUGAGCGGGAUAUUAGCAAACGUCUUUCCCUACCUGCUGAUAUUCUUUUGCCUGAAAGCUUCCUAGCUAAACAGACAGUAAGUCCUACCUUAGAAGGUCCCAUCAGCCGCACACUCAGGAGGCAAUCAUUGUCUGAAAUUGGAUUUGGCCGCAUAGAGUCUUACAUUCGAUUAGAUAAGCUUGGAGAAGGCAGCUAUGCCACUGUCUACAGAGGCCGAAGCCGUCUAACAAAUAAUCUUGUCGCCUUAAAAGAGAUCCGACUGGAGCAUGAUGAGGGAGCUCCUUGUACUGCCAUUAGAGAAGUUUCCCUUCUUAAAAAUUUAAAGCACAAUAAUAUAGUGACUCUUCAUGAUAUCAUUCACACAGAAAAAUGCCUCACUUUAGUUUUUGAAUAUUUGGAGAAUGAUCUGAAAAAGUAUCUUGAUUAUGUUGGCUGUCCUAUAAAUGUAAAUAAUGUAAAGAUAUUUCUUUUCCAAUUGUUACGCGGUCUUUCCUACUGUCAUCGGCGAAAAGUCUUGCAUCGAGAUCUGAAGCCUCAAAAUUUAUUGAUAAAUGAAAAGGGGGAAUUGAAAUUAGCAGAUUUUGGACUUGCAAGAGCCAAGUCUGUACCAACCAAAACUUAUUCAAAUGAAGUUGUAACCUUAUGGUACAGACCUCCAGAAAUUCUUUUAGGCUCAACAGAUUAUUCUACAUCCAUAGAUUUAUGGGGUGUUGGCUGUAUCUUUUUUGAAAUGGUAACCAACAUGCCCUUAUUUCCUGGUUCAACUGUUGAGGUGCAACUGGAUCUGAUCUUCUGCCAAAUGGGUCUGCCCACAGAGGACACAUGGCCAGGCAUCAGUCAGUAUGAAGACUUCAAGUCAAACUUCCUCACCAGAUCCACAGAGAAGUAUUCAAGCCAUGAACAGAAAAGGUAUCAUGACUUGCCUCAAAAACUCUGCAGGCUGGAUGUUGAUGGGCAAGAUCUCUUCUUCAAACUACUCACAUAUGAUCCAAAGAAGAGACUAGGUGCUUUGGAAGCAAUGAAACAUUCUUAUUUCAAAAGUUUAGGACACGAAGUUCAUAAGUUGUCUGAUACUGCAUCCAUAUUUUCAGUUCCAGGGAUUAUUUUUACACCCGAUCCAGAUUCUGAAGAGCUGGAAAAACGACGGAAAGCAAAAGAAAGAAGACGGAAGUUUUUUGAUGGAUAUCUGGAUGAUUGAAAUGAAUUAUUGCAAACUAAUUGAUCUGUAUUAUAAAGAAAAUGUCUAUGUAUUUUAAAAGAGAAUAUUUAUGAAUUGAUUCCACAUAUCAUUAUCAUUUCAUUUUUGUAAAAAGAAAGAGAAUGAAUAAAAGAAAUAAAUUAGUAUAAGCUGUUGUCAAAAAAAAAAAAAAAAAUCCCUUUAGUAAUAGGGAUUUUAAGCAUGAUAAGGAUUUUAACUUACUCCCAUAUGCAAAAGUACACCCGUUUUUAAAUUGCAUUGCAGAGAUGUGCCAGUUCUCCCAGAUUAUUCUCUUCAAAAUCCUUAAUUUUAAAAAUAUUAUAAUUAUUUUCAUGCACUAAUUUAUUUCAUCAAUGAGUCGAAUAAGUGUUAUUGUAACAAUAGCCUGUUUGUAAGAGAAGCCUUCCAUUCCUUUCCUCUUGUUUGUCUUUCUUCCCUUGACUUUAGUUUGCUUGUUCUGCUUAGUACUGAAUGCAGUGAUUUUAAUUAAUUUUCAGUCACAUAAUUGUCCUUUUGAGAGUAGUUUCUUCUUGUACUCCUUUUUUGUAUGUGUAACUGACAUGACUUAUAAUUGUUACAUGUUGAAUAGUGCACUGGUUACUUCUGUUCAGGAGAUAUUAUCAAGAUUAUUUUUUCAAAAAAAGAGGGAGAAAAUGUUUUCUUUCAGUUUGGCUUGUAUUCAUCAGACAACAAAUUGAUUUAUAAAAUUGCACGUGUCCUCACUUUUAAAAUAGACAUGAAAUUUUUACUUAGAGCCAUUUUUUGUACUGAGAAAAUUGCUUAUUAGCAUUAGAAAGCUUUCAAUAUGCUUUCAAGUAAAUACAGUAUCGCGAUCUACUUUCUUAUUCUGUUAUGUAUGUAAAUUUGCACUUUAUGUGUGCACUUACAAUGGCUUUUACUUUUAAAGGGAAAAAGAACACCUGAUGCAAAGGAACAGCGUCAACUAAGGAAACAGAAACUUGGUCUAGUGAUGGAUCUACUGGAUUCUGUGAGAAUGUGCAAUUUUUCUUGUGUCAAAGCUAUAUUUUCGAAAGUGUGACGUUAUUGAGUCAAGUCUUCCAUGGAUGAAAUUGUGUUUUCCCAAUUCUUCUGUUAUUGAAAAGGGCUCCUGUACUUCUUAUAAUUUACGAUUUUAGAAUGGAAUGAAAUAUAGUGCAUCUAGUCUUCAGAAAAUGCAUGAGUCUUUUUUAAUUAACUUUUAUGAUCAGAUCAGUUUUUCAGGUUGGGAAAAAAAAAGAUUACUUUUAACCUAAGUAGGGGAGGGGGAAAAUAGAUUAAUAAAUAAGUUCUAUUUGCUUCAUAAACAGAAUGUUUAAGCAUCCACUUACGUUUUCUGCAAUUUGUUGAUUGCAAGAUUUUACCUGAUGUUUCUUUUUUUUAAAAAAAGAAUUUAUUUUUUAGAAUGUGAAUUGUGUUGCAUUAAAUGUAUUGGAAUUAUUGCAUGGUUCACAGCAACGGUGGUUUUUGGAAAUUGCUCAAUUUUUCAAGUUCUCAUUCUAAUCAAAUUGGAAGCAACAGGUGUUGAAAUUCUUCCCUCUCACUUUGGAACAACUGUUUCAUUUUCCAAAAGGAUUUAUCAUUUGUUAUUUCCAUCUUUUAUCUGUCAAUAUUCAUUGGGGGAAAAAGUGCAAACAAAAUAAAAGCAAUGUUUGCCCUUAUAUUAUUAUACAAAUUAUUUUGGCUGUUUUGUUAUUGGAUGAUUUAUUUAUAUUGAUAUACAUUAAAUGUAAUCCCUAUUUUUGGAAUAGCUUGCAUCUUUUUAGUAUUUAACACAUUCACUUUAAUAUAUUAUUGGCUAUUAUAUUGAUCUCUAAAAGAUUCGAUGUGUUUAUACAAAUUGUCACAUGCAUCAUUUUAUGUUCCAUUUGUAACUUCAUUAUAUGUACAUAACUUAUCAUUACUUGCUUUAGUGAUACAAUUUGAAGCCUUUGUUUUUUAUUUUAUUUUUUUCCGAAUGAAGUUGUGUAUCAUAGGAUUACUAUUUGUACAUAUUUAUGAAAACUUUUAUGGAGAGAUGAAUAUGAGUGUAUUUUUGAUAUUGUUCAGCUGAAUUUAUCUUUUGUAUUUGUUAAGACAUUUUAAACAUUGUCUCCAGAUCAUUGAAAUUCUCUAAAAACAAAAGAUCAUAAAAAUUGACAAAAUAAAUUUCUGCACAAGAGACUGUCCUCAUCUUAAAGCUCAAAUAUCGUAGAGUUAUAUAUUGUAUAGUUUAAUGUCUGUAGACUGACAUUUAGGAUUUUAUUCUCUCGUAAAGUGCUUCUCUCUGAAAUGAGAAGGCUUUCCCAAAAGAUACAAUUCCAUGGGAACUUAGCGUCCUUUGUGUUAUUAUUAAUGGAAAGUUCUAUAUGUGAUUGCCUCCACUGAAAUAGAGUGAAGCUGUUUGCCAGCAGAUGCAAGGAUUUUAAAUAAAAGAAAAUAGCUACAUUUGUUCAGCAUAUGUCAAAAAUGAUAUUAAUCAAUAUUUUAUAUUUAACUAAAAACUUUGUUUUUAGAUCAAGCAAUAUAUUACAUCAUUCUUAUUUUAAAUUCUUACUCAUCAUGUUUUGAUUUAUGUGCAUUUUUUUGUAUGGUAUAUUCGAAAGGAAUAUUUUGCAUGCUGAAUAUUAUUUAUUGUAUUUGAUGUAAUUUCAAAAUUUAUGACUGUUGGAUAAAUUAUAACAUUCAUUGUUAUUUGUAUAUCCUUUGUUCCUUCAAAUCUAAAAUUGGCACAAUACUGUACUAUUUACAUCACUGAGCAGAUGAAAAAAAUACGAUUGACUAGAUAAAAAUUUUGAUUUUA